AUGGGGCCAAUUGACCCCAAUAUCGCUGUUGAGAUCCUAUUUCGGGCUGAAAUUCAUCAAAAACGUGGUCCUCUUUAUCUUGCAGAGUCUCUAUAUCCAAAAUCUAUAAAAAAAGGGCCAAAAGCAAAGUCUAUUCCGAAGAAAUGGGCAGAAAAACAGCCAAAUGAUUAUACAACUCCAUCUAUCCCUGAUGACUCUACAGCCGAUACCUAG